AUGUCGGACGACGAUAUAAUGGUGGACGGGAGACCGUUGUCGUCCCUAAAAGUGACUGAACUCAAAGAAGAAUUGGAAAAUCGACGUCUUUCCACUAAAGGAGUGAAAGCUGUGCUUCAGGAGAGACUUAAAGAGGUAAAGAUGAUGUUUUUCGAAUCUGAGUUCCAAUUUGGGACGUUUUCAGGCUCUUGCCAGUGGAGAUUCCGCUGUUGAUGAGAAGAAUCCGGUCGUAGCCGGCUAUUUGGCUAGACAGACAGCGGCUCUGGAAGAAGCCCGAAAGAGAACGGAGAGUGAAGCAUCUGGAGCUGACACUCCACAGGUAAACAGUCGAAGAGUCGCAAUUUCUAUCCACACUUUCAGGAUCAACUUUCGCCGUCGAAGGUCUCUCCGACUAAGAGGAACACUCCAAGAAGAGGGUAAGAACUAUUGUCCGGCGGCCGGAAUUCAAAAAAUCCGAUUUUUAAGGCAAAAAACAGUCGAACCGGCUCCGGAGCCUAUUGCUGAGACUGUGCCGGAACCAGUGCAAGAAAGUAUUCCUGAGCAAGUGCCGGUUGCUGAAGAAAGAGGCCCGGAACAGGUGACUAAAGAAGAGGAAAAGCCAUCGACUGAGCAGUCAAACAUUUCCUCUAAUCCUGAGUCUUCGAACAACGGAAGCACUGAUGCGUCUCCAGUGUAAGAGUUUAAUUUCCCGAUGCUAGUAGCAGUUAUUCUGUUUCAGAAAGAAGGAAGUCGAAGUGAAAGAGGAAGUGAAAACUCCCGUUAAGGUCGCACCAGCCACUCCACAGAAGGCUAAGUUCGUGAAGUGCAAACUAUUCAAGUGAAUCUUCUAAUUUUUCAGGAGAGUCGAUGCUGCCGAAGAAUCGAAGCCAGUGGAGUCAAAAACCGAACUUGAUGAGGAUAAGGACAAAGGUGAGAAUGAUAGACUGUCAUAUGCCUAAUCCGAAAUCGUUUCAGUCAUCGAGAAGCCGGUGGAGAAGCAGCUUCCGAAGGAGGACGAAAGCGACGAACUGGACUACGGAGACGAUGAAGAAAAAGAGAAGGAAGAGGAGCCGAUGGAUGCUGAGGACGCGUCGGAGCAGCUGGAAACAGAGAAGAGCGAGGAGAAGGUGGUGAUCGACGAGGGUGUCAAGAAGGAGGAAAAGGUGCGCGGAUCGGUGUCUCACCGUCGUGCAUCUUCUCCUUCGUCUAGGUAAUCGUCCAGAUGGAAUAUUUUUUCUAUUAUCCGUUUUCCUCAGACAUCCGGUUUCCAACAUCGUCCACAUUCGCGGUCUGGUCCGUCCGUUCACCGAGAGAAAUCUUCGAGCCGAAAUCGAGAAGUACGGAGGUGAAAUCGUCGAUUUCUGGAUCGAUAAAGUCAAGAGCCACUGUUUUGCAAAGGUACACCGAAAAUGAAAGAGUCUGUAGAUAAAACAAUUAAAUUGUUCAGCUCAAAUCAGAAGAUGAUGCUAGAAAUGUUCUGAAAUCUUUGCACGACAAGACGUGGCCGGAAGGCAAUCCGAAAAAGUUGGCGAUCGUUUACGAGACUGAGGAAAACGUAAGAUUCUAAAACGGCGAGAAAGUGUGCUAAUUUCAACCAUUUCAGAUGAAUCGGUACAAGGAAGGUUUGGGCGAGGUCAAAUUGCCGGAAGCUGUCACAAUCGGCACUCUGACUGGGGGUUCGCGUGCCGACCGUCUCUCUACUGCUUCCCAACCCUCAGUUAUUGGAGGGAAAGCGAGUCUUCAGAUAACGGUAUGACUACAUUGAGAUGUUCGAUUUCAAAACGAAGCAUUUGCAGCUCCAAAACGUUUUGCGAGACAAUGAUAAGAUGGAUUUGGAAAGAAAGGAAAAGCGUGGAAGUCUUGCCUCCAGACUCACUCGCAUUGACGACAAAGAGAAGCCGAAAGAGGAGAAGGAGGAGAGAAAGCGAGUUCGAUCGGAGACGCCGCCGUUCUCGCGAGGAGCCGGAUUCAUGGAUGAGAAGAAGGCGAAACACGAGGAGAGAGAAAAGGAGAAAAAGAGGGACGAACCACGACGGGAGGAUUCUCGUCGUGAGGACCGUCGCGUCGAAGAGGAGGUCCCCGUGAAGUCUCUCGAACAGCUCUUCAAAAAGACGGUCGCAACUCCGUCUAUCUACUAUCUUCCACUGACUGAGGAACAGGUAAACAUCAAGUAACGGACCAAAAGCAUAACAAUAUCUGUUUAAGAUCGCCGCGAAGGCCAUCAAGAAGGAGCGACCGAGCGAGGGUGAAAAGUCGGCGGAACGUCCGGAAAGAGCAGCUGCCCGACCGGAACGAUCUUCUGAUCGUCCCGAAAGAUCUGAAAGGCCAGAGAGAGCGGAGAGAAAGGACAGACCCGACCGUGAGCGUGCUGACAGAGCGGACCGUGGCGAGCGUGACCGAGGAAGCCGUGGAGAGCGCGGGGAUCGUGGAGGCGACCGCGACCGUCCGAGACGUCGCGACUAA